AAUGGGUUCAGUUUCGCUGUUUUUAUUUGAGGAUAAACUAUAAUGUCAGAAAAGUCUCACACCUAUUUGAUGGCUAACCAGGAGGAAUACGAGUACGAAACUGAAGCCUUUUUGAGGCUCCAGAAGUUAAAGAGAAUUGAGUUUGCAUCUCUGCCCCGUAACCUCAAGUAUGCUCGGCAGUUAACAAUCUUGGAAACCGCUUUGGAAUACAGUAGAUUGGCUGAAAGUAAAGAAGAGCUAGCUGCAUCGCAAAAGAUUGUAUCGGAUUUCGAUCCUAUUAUGUGGGAUUUGAUUGUUGGACACAUACCUAGUGACAGCUACUCGACGUACCUGGAUCUAUUAAAAAGAGCCAUUUUGACACUCGAAGAUAAGCGUGAAGAAAUUGAAGAGAAGUAUGACUCUAUUUUGCUGCCUUACGAAUGGGGUGGUAAGCUUCAGCCCCAAUAUCUGAAGUACCAGGACUUCGUCAGUAAGAAUCAUUCCAGAAUCGCGUUAGCCGGUUUUGGUUUGCUUACUUUUGUCUUGGGUGUUGUGGUAUUAGGUGCAUUUGCUGGUUCGAGAUAGUGUUUUUGUAUUGUAUAUUAAUUGGAUAAGUUUUAUAUCUUUCGAAGGCUAGGAGCCAAUGAAAGCUCGUUUUCUUAUCUGAGUUCUAAAAAAGGUGAUUUGGAAACCACAGGAUUUGAUAAGAGCUAUCAAGGAGGAAGUAUGUUGUAAAGACCUGUUUGAUGUUUUAGAAUUUCAACAAAUGCCCCAUAGAGUUCAGCAACAAACCCGAGACUUAUGAACAAAACACUUCAAUGAAAGUUUACUCCAUAAAUCCCUCGUUUCUUUUGCUUAGGCUAUAAUCCAUUGCCGUUAUGGUGGAAGAGAGUGUAAGUAUUUCAGAAAUACGUGAUCUUUUAGGUCGAGAAAUGGCAUAUUUUCUCUAGCCAAUUUUUGCUACAUGACAUUUUACUUUUCAGCUUUCUGGAAUAUAAUGGGAAGCGAACUAUAUAGCAUUGUUAAACCGAGAACAAUCUUUUUAACAUGAUUGAAGAAGG